AUAGUCUAUAUAAUACAUAUACACACACCAUCAACGAGACAUAAAACUCAUACCACCACAAUCCACACAAAUGGCAAACCUCAUCCUCAUCAUCACCUCCCAUAUCCUCCUUCUCGCAGCUAUUGUCUCCGCCGGAAAGGGUGAAAACUUUGCAAAAAACAUUAACCGGAAACACUUCGGGCUCCGUAAAGAGAAACUCACUUUCUUCCGUGUCUACUGGCACGACAUUCAAAGCGGCACAGACCCUAGCUCGGUCGUGCUCAGACCUCCUCUCUCCAACUCCUCUUUCUUCGGAGCAGUCACUAUGAUCGAUAACCGUUUAACUACGGAGGUCUCGGUUAACUCGACUUUGGUAGGCCAGGCUCAAGGGAUGUACGCUGGUGCGGGCCAACACGAUGCGUCUGCGCUUAUGGUGAUGAACUUCGCGUUCAAGACAGGUAAGUAUAACGGGAGUACGAUCUCGAUUCUUGGUCGAAACGCGGUGAUGACUAAGGUUAGGGAGAUGCCAGUGAUUGGAGGAAGUGGACUGUUCCGAUUCGCUAGAGGUUAUGUCGAGGCUAGAACUAAGUGGUUGAAUGUAAAGACAGGAGAUGCUACUGUUGAGUACAGCUGUUACGUCUUGCAUUAUUGACUUUGUGAUGAUUGCAUGUCUCUCUUUUCUAAUGUUUAUUUAAAUUGCUAUAUUUGGGUCCGGGUAUGUUGUCUUUAUGUUGGUUUGAGAGAUACAUGAUUGUUUUGAGGGUAUUUAUGUCUAUUUCGAGAUUAUGAUAUUUUUUGUUCACGUGA